GCGGCGCGCCGUGGCGUGGGCGGCUGCUGCUGCCGCCGCCGCCGGCCCGCAGCAUGGCCAUGGCGGGGCCGCCGCCGCCCGCCGCCGCUGUCCCCGUCCCCUCCGUGGUCCCUUCCGUGCCCUCCUUCGCCGUGGCCCGCGGCCUGGUGGGGCGCCGCUCCUCGUGCCUGGUGGUGGCGCCGCACCGCCGGCACGUCGCGCUGGCGCCGCGCUACCUGGGCCGCAAGCGCACCGGCAUCCGCGCCCAGCUGGACGCCGAGCUCCUGCGCUACUCCGAAAGCCUGCAGGGUGUGCCGGUGGCGUACGACAACCUCAGGGUGGUGGGGGAGCUCGGGGACAUUUACGACGACCAGGGAUUCAUCCACCUGGACAUCGAGGCCGACUUCGUCAUCUUCAGCCCCAGGAGGGGGAAGAAGCUGGUGGGUGUAAUUAAUAAAGUGGCCCCUAGUCACAUUGGCUGCCUGAUACAUGGAUGCUUCAAUGCUUCUAUCCCUAAACCUGAACAAAUGUCAGUUAUACAGUGGCAAGAGCUGGGGUUGAAAAUAGGGGAUAAACUGAAAUUUCGAGUAUUGCACUUGGAUUCUGAUGCAGCUGGGCUAUUCUUCAUUCGAGGAGGACUCACUAAAAGCAGCAUGCGGCCCAAACAAUCUGAGACUGUAACUGACAGUACAAAUGAAGAUGACGUUCAAAAGCUUGACCACCAAGAAAAUGGCUUGAAUGACUCUGGGGGAGAUACUAUUGCAGAGGAGCCUCUAGGUGAGACAGGUAACACUGGGAGGGAAAAUACAGAAGAGCAAAGUGUUGAUGCUGCGAAUGGAUUAUGUGAUGAUAAAAACAAGAAGAAGAAAAAGAAAAAGCAUAAGCAGGAGGAACAGGAACAUGUAUUGCCUACCAGUGACUCCAGUGGUUACCAAAGUGACCAUAAAAAGUCAAAGAAAAGGAAAAGAAAGCAUUGUGAUGAAGUUGAAGACAGUGAAUUAUCUCAGCUGUCACAGGAACCCAAAGCCAAAAAGAAAAGGGACUAAAGUCUGAAGUGCCUUUCCUGAAUAAGAUUUCAGACAUUUUUGAUGACCUUUGAAUAAAAUCCUAUUUUAAAAAUG